UUACUUGCUAAAGUCCUAGCUGGGCCACUUGUUAAAGUCUAGUUGGGCUUUAAGUUGCUCUAAGUCAUGAUUUUUUUUUAAAUGCUUAAUUCGGCAUAUAAGUUUCUAAAUAGUUAGGCUUCUUACGAAAUUGGGAUUCUGAUGAAACCUUAAGAAAGAAUUCAAAACUCCGAAUUCGAAACUUCAAUAUGAUUUGCACCGUAUAUUCAAAGGCCAUUUGCUAAGUCUGUGCCGUAUAGUUUUUAAGAGGAACGAGAUGGGAAAGAAGAAGAUUGCUAUUGAGAAGAUUGAAAAUAAGCAGUCUCGCGCUGUGACUUUUUCAAGGAGAAGGAAUGGGCUCUUCAAGAAAGCCAAGGAUUUCUCAAAUCUCUCCGGCUCAUCCGUUGCAAUUCUUGUAAUCUCUCCAGCGGGCCGCCGUUACACUUAUGCCUCUCCUUCCUUUGACUCAGUGGUCGACCAAUUCCUCUCCGAAACCAUUGAUGGCUCUUCCACUGUGACUGCCGGUUCUUCUUCAUUUGACUAUGUGGAUGACCAAUUUCUCCCCACCACCAAUGCUGGAUCAACUUCCGUUGAUUCUAUGGUGGAUCAAUUCAUCUCCACCACGGCUGCCUCACCUUCCUAUGACCCUGUGAUUGACGAGUUUCUGUCCACCGCUAUUGGCUCUCCUUCGGUUGACCCCACUGCCGAUCAAAUCGUGCCCAUUGCAACUGUUGGCUCUUCCACCGCCACUCCUUCUGGCUCUUUCCAAGACACAUUGAAGGCUUUGUCGGACGUCAACAUUGAAGCUUGUAAUGAUUUGGAAGAGUUGAUGACUUUGAAAAAUAACUUGGAGCAAAUCAUCAGAGAGAGACGAGGCUGAUAUAAUAAUUUCCACGGCAGUCUUUUAUCUUGUUAAUCUCCACUUAACUUGUUUAUACAUCUGGGGAGUGAAACACACUGAUGCAGGAUGGAAGAACGUGCAUUGUUGUAGACCAAGCUCUGAGAUAAUCUGUGCAUUUUUUGUACUAGCCUCUAGCUCAGUGCUAGUACUUUUAAUGCAACAGAACAUGAUGUGCUUUGUUUGUAAUUGUAUCUAACAUAAUGAAGAAAAUUUUGCAUAUGU